UUGAUCUCCCCGUCCGAAAUUUUGUUAAAAAAACUAGGCCAAGUUGAAGUGUUGUGAUUACUUUGUAUUCAUUAAAUGCACCUUGCUUGUUAAUUGCAGUAUGGAUUAUACUCCACAACGAAUAACAUCAGUUUCAAAACAUAAAAGUACAGAAAGUAAAAAAAAUCCAGUGACAAUGUGAUGUGGAUCAGGAAGUACAUUUCACAAGAGAAAGGUCAGCAUGGCUGAAGCAAAUCGUUCGGUGGAUGAAAAAGAAUAUUUUUCUCGAGUAAAUCUUGCACUGACUGACUGUGGUAGGAGAGUGUUAUCACAACUCUUACAAAGGAGGGUUGGGCAGCUCACACCAGAAAACCAUCCGGCUCAACCUUGGUCACUAGAUGAUUUUUUAAAUCAUUACAUGGAAGAUAUUUUGUUAUCUAUUGGCAAAGAAAAAAGCAAGAAACUCAUUCUUUAUCCAGGUUUUGGAAUUAAAACUGAUUUGGCCAAGUGGGAUAUUCCCCUUUUUGUUUUUGUACUUCUCAAUGCAUCCAAACUAGACGAUGAUGACAAUCUACACAGGCAACUAAGACAUGAUAUCUGUAACCUAAGGGAGUUAAGGAAUAAAAUGCUACACAAGGGAACUCCAGUAUUGGACGAGUCAAUGUAUCACAAUUAUCUUGGCCGCAUUGUCGGUGCUGUGCAACGAAUCUGUGAUUACAUGCAGGAGCCAGAUUUGAAGAUAUCUCUUCUUAAGGAAAUUAAUAAGUACGAAAGCCUUCGACAUAUUUACACAAACGGUCUUAUUUCUGAGUUGGGUUGCAAAACCGUUGAGAUAAUUAAUGAAGCUGACGCAGCGGUUGAAAGUGGGCUGCAACAAAUGAAAACGAUCCUCCAGAAAAAGGGGUUGUCAGUGAAUAUUCCAGUUCUUGAUGUCAUUGUCAUGUUUCGGAACUAUAAUAAAGAAGACGAACAAUCCAUUACGGACCGUCUACUUGAAACCUUUACAGAGGCAUUAAAGCAAGGUAAAGAAAUGGCAGAUGACCAGACUGCAGACAAGCUAUAUGUUGAAGUCAAGGCCCUUGUUCGGAAGUUAUUUGACGAGAAAAAAGAGAUAACGAAGGUCAGCAGAGGAUGUAUUAUACUAUCAAUCCAGUGUCAUGAUUUAGACGCGGUCAUUUCACUAGUCCAAGAUAGCCUUUCGGGGAAGCUUGGGAGUUUAUUUGAACCUCUUGAAGAAGUCAUCUGGACCGAUGCAGUCCAUGCUCUCUUUGAAGUAUGUGUUGGCAUUACGGGACAAAGUUGCUGGGCUCUCCUUAACGAAAUGUGUAAGUUGUGGAAAGGAAGGAAGGUAUUGAUUUUUGCAGCUUAUACAAUACUGUUAUUAUAAUUCCAAUUCGAUAUUGUACCAAUUCAUUUUAGCUCGAAUGUGCAACUGAAGGUAUGUAACACUAGUGAUUAUUCACUAUUUAAUCCUUAUUCUUGUUACAUAACAGUACUGUGCCAUUAUUACGAGCUCCUGGUAGGGGCAUAUUUGAAUAUAUUUUAAAAGAACAGUUUUGGGAAUGGUGACGUUUUCGUACGUUUUUCUUGGGACUAAUCAAUUGUGUAAACUUUAUACAUUAUAAUAGAUAUCAGGUAUUGAUACGUGUUUUUAGCUCACAUGAGCACAAAGUGCUCAAGGUGAGCUAUUGUGAUCGCCCUAUGUCCGUCGUCGUCCUUCGUCAACAAUUACACUGUUAACACUUUAGAGGUCACAAUUUUGGCACUAUCUUAAUGAAACUUGGUCAGAAUGUUACCCUCAAUAAAAUCUUUGACAGGUUUGAUAUUGGGUCAUCUGGGGUUAAAAACUAGGUCACCAGGUCAAAUUAAAGGAAAAUCUUGUUAACACUCUAGAGGUCACAUUUAUGAGUGUAUCUUCAGGAAACUUGGUCAGAAUGUUAAUAUUAUUGAUCUCUAGGUCAAGUUCUAAUCUUAGUCAAGUGCGCUUAAAACUAGGUCACCAGGUCAAAUUUAAGGAAAAGCUUGUAAACAAUCUAAAGGUCAAAUUUAUGACAGUAUCUUCAUGAAAGUUGUUCAGGAUGUUUUAUUAAUAAUCUCUAAGUCAAGUUUAAA